UUGCUCAUGCGCCCUAAGCGAGCGCUGCCUUCUGCCGCAAAACGGCAGUGGGCAGAAAACAGGCUGCUAUGUCCCCUCCCCCGCUUCCACGUUUGCGACGAAACGUUUCGCUUUACGGCCUGCUCGCCCAGCUCUGCUGAGAUUGGCCGGGCGCGUACGAGUGACGACAUCGGAAGUGGCCGCUGGCGCGAGGAGGGCUGCCACGUGUGGCUCGUGUCGGUAGCGCAAAUGUCUUUUCGAGGGGGAGGAGGUAGAGGACGAGGAGGAAGAGGGGGCUUCAAUCGUGGCGGUGGAGGGGGCUUCAAUCGUGGCAGUGGAGGGGGCUUCAAUCGUGGCGGACGAGGUGGCUUUGGACGGGGAGGUGGUGGACGCGGAGGCUUCAACAGAGGAUAUGACCAAGGACCACCAGAAAGCGUAGUUCUUUUGGGAGAGUUCAUGCAUCCCUGUGAAGAUGACAUUGUUUGUAAAUGUACGACGGAAGAAAACAGAGUGCCUUAUUUCAAUGCACCUGUAUACUUGGAUAACAAAGAGCAGAUCGGCAAAGUGGAUGAAAUAUUCGGACAGCUACGAGACUUUUACUUUUCAGUUAAGUUGUCAGAGAACAUGAAAGCCUCCUCGUUCAAGAAAUUACAAAAGUUUUAUAUUGACCCAGCAAAGUUGCUGCCCUUACAGAGGUUUUUACCAAGACCUCCGGGAGAGAAAGGACCUCCAAGAGGUGGUAGAGGAGGACGUGGAAGAGGAGGUGGCAGGGGUGGAGGAGGUCGAGGUGGAGGUGGCUUCAGAGGAGGAAGAGGUGGUGGAAGUUUCAGAGGAGGAAGAGGCGGUGGUGGAGGUUUCAGGGGCAGAGGACGUUAAAAAUGGACCUCCAGGUUUCUGGCUUACAAUAUGAUCCACAGAAGUGAAGAGCAAGAGGAAUUUUCUAGGGGACCUGAAAAAUAAAAUUUGAUUGUAAAGACAUCAAAAUAGUGAAACAUUAGCAAUUGCUGUUGUGAGUAAUGGAUACCUAACAACGAUGAAGCGGAAUGGGUCACUGAUGAAUUGGGGAAGCUCUUGAUUCUUCACUUGGAAUGUACUUGAAUUUUUUUUAAAGCUGCCUUAAGCAGUUUUUAUAUUUUUACAUCCUUCAUUUCUUACAGACUGUUUUAGUUAACGUGUGACUUCAUGUUGAAGUUGAAAAGAAAUGAUAUACUGAACAAGUAAAAAGAAACUGCAGGUUCACUAAAUGUAAAGAUACAAGCUGUAUUUGCAGAACUGAAGUCUUAUUCUUCCUGUCUUUUUUAUUGUUGAGUCUCUCGGUGCUUUGUAUGUGUUGCAUGCUCUGUUUAAAACAAGCACAAAAAAAGUUGUCCUUGUUUUUUACAGAGUACAUUUUUUAAAUAGUUAUAUUUUAAAAUGGGAAGAAUUUGUGGGGAAUAUUAAGAAAUAUGUCAUUUGAUUUGUAUAAAUCUUCAUGAAAACUAAAAUGUGUCAGUAACACCUUUUGGGAAAGCCAUUCUUUUAACAAGUUAUUCAAGGUAAAUACCCAUUACUUUUGUAUUGGUCACCUAAACAUGAAUGCUGAAAUGGAUGAGA